AUGAGUAACGCCGUAACAAACCCUCUCUUCUCCGGAAAGAGCGAGCGGAUCGGAACACAGUUUGUGGACUUUUUGCGUAAGCCAGGAGCUCUAAAAGACGCCGAGGCGUACCUAAAUGAGACUAAAGACCACAAGUAUGGUAAUCACGGGAGAUGGAUCAAGGAGAAUACAGUUUUUACUGGAUACACCGGCGGCCCUAACCUCCUUGCCGAAGGUGAAAACGUAUUUUUAAUAGGAAACCACAACUCCUUUGACGUUACCCAGUACACAGAGGACCCGGGAAAGGCAAGCAUGUCGAUGAUCCAUAUCCUAGGGAUUACUAAAAAGAAUAUUUUCAACGGUGUAUCGCUUGACCACAACACCGUUUCUGUCAUCGACGAGUCAAUAGACCUAUUCAAGGACAAGUGGGAAACUCCCGACUUUCGCCAGAAAGUCCUAGACUACCAGAAGUUAGCUAUAGAGAAGCGGAUUACCGCAGAUUCAUUGGCAAGAUCGGAGGCAGAACUUGACCCAAGGCCGGCCUUAGACGCAGGAGACGAAGCCAUCAGUCACUGGGAGGAACUCGAGGCCGGGAUCCAUACCUUGAAGUUCGACGACUUCGCCUUCGGUCUGCAUCUAUGGCCCGACAAUACCGUAGGUCAUUUCCACCUGCAUAUCGUCGCUACGCCGGAUUGGUGCCGCAGAUAUAGCACUUUGAAGCACGACGAGAAGACUAAGGACGCCCUUGAAGUUCGCGAUUUCGUUCGAGGUCUUUCUCCAGCUUAG